AAUCAAAAAUAUCGUCUUGUUAGUAAUGAUUCAACAAAGUCAUUGGCAGCUUGGUGGCGUGCUUUUGGAUUUAUAAAUGUUCAAAAUGAAAAUAAUAAAUUUGAACAAAUUGCCGGUUAUAUUAGUUGUUUAAAAUGUUAUCAUACAUUUCGAUAUGGAUUUAAAAGUGGAACAAAACACUUUGUCGAUCAUGCGGAUCGAUGUUUUCCCUUAAUUUUCUCAGAUUCUAUUGCAGCUAAUACAGAUGAUUCAAAUUUAGUUCAACGUAAAUUAGAACAAACUGGUUUUCAACGAAAAGCUAAAUUAACAAUUAAAGAAAAAAACGAAUUUAAAGAUCUUUAUGCCAAAUGGAUUUGUUGUGAUCUUAGACCAUUUACAAUUGUUGAGGAUUUUGGAUUUGAACAUUUGGCGAAUAUGUUUAUCAAAAUAGGUGCUCAAUAUGGUCUUGUGGAUGCGAAAGAUCUGAUACCAAGUUGCCGUACGAUUGGUCGUUCUGUUAAAGAUUUAGCUGAUAAAUAUCGACUUGAACUAAAAGAAGAACUAACUGAACCAUUACAUGCAAAAGCAGUUACAAUUGCACCUGAUUUUUGGCAAAACAAAUACAACCAACAAGCCUAUUUAGGUCUUAAUAUUACAUAUGUUCAUAUUAAUCAUCAAUAUAAAUCUGUCGAUUUAUUUUGUCGACCGUUUAAUGGUACUAAAUCGUACGAUUUAAUUCUUAAAUUUCUUACCACACAAUUAUUAGAAUUUGGAAUUACCAAUUUAAUGGAUGUUAAUAUCAUUAUAGAUCGUGGAACAAAUUUCAUAAAAGCAUUUGCUAAAUAUGACCCACAAAACACAAAGAAAAAAAAAGAAACUAACCACUCAACCAAUGAUGUUUCUUCUGGAACUAAACAAACAUUAACAACAGCUAGUUUGGUAGUUGAAAAAGAUGAUUUAUCAAGUUCUUCCGAGUCCGAUUCUUCGGAGUCUGAAGAAGAACAAGAUAAACAACAACCAAAUAAAUCAGAUGAAGAUUCAUCACUUGUUGUACCAAGACGAAGAAAAAACUCAGCAACAACAAAUGUACAAAAAAUGUCAGUUGAUAAUAUUCCACCUGAAUCAAAACAAGUUUUAUUCAUACUUAAACAAGCCAAAAAGCUUGUAAAGUAUGUGAAAAUAACAGGCUUGAACUCAGAAAUAAAAGCAAAUGGUGGAGCAACUCUUCAUCAAGCAACCGUUGUGAGAUGGUUGUCUUUGUCAGAUUUAUUGGAAUCAGUCAUUAAAUCGUUCAAAAUCACACGGAAAUUAUUAAAUGGUAAAGAAAAACAAGCAUUAAUUACGGACCUAAAUCUGCAAUGCUUAAAACAAUUAUGUACUCUUCUAAAACCUUUCAAGCACGUUAUGACAUCUGUUCAAAAUGGUAAUGCGCCAUCGCUUUAUCUGGUUCCAAUGUUUUAUAUUACAUUGAAAGAAAUAUUACAAUCGUUCGAAGCUGUUAAGAAAUUUAAUUAUGAAAAUAUUGAUAAUAAAGAAGAAGAUGAUCACUCACUUGAUGCUUCAAAUGAUGAAGAUCUUGAACAUGAAUUACCAGGCAUUAAAUGGUUUCGUGAAAGACUUCUUUCGUUAUUAAAUGAAAUGAUAGUACUAGAUAUUCGUCAAGUAGCAGCAACUCUACUUCACCCACGUUACAGGUCAUUAAAGAAAAUUCCUGAUCAUGUAAAAGAUCAAUGUUAUAAAUAUGUUAGACGACAAGUUCGACAGCUACGUGAUAAAGUCGAAGUCGAAGAAGAAAAUCGACAACAAUCAUCAGAACCACCAGCAAAAAGACUUAAAAAGGAGAGAAACAUGUUUAGUAGAUUCGAAUCGGGAGAUCUUAGUGAAGAAGCUGGUGAACAAAAUGAAAGCAGCAACGAAAGUGUAGAGUUUGAAUACAGCAUAAAAAAAGGUGAUGAGCUUGAUCGAUACCUGUUAUUUGAAUUGGAUAAAACCAAAAAACAAAUAGAACCAUUACAAUUUUGGAAAAAUCACAGUAAUCGAUUUCCAAUAUUAUCAAAAUAUGCUCGAUCAAUCUUCUCAAUUCCUGCAACUACUACAAAUGUAGAGAGGGAGUUUUCGUCUGCUGGUUUCAUUUUAAAUGAAAGACGAGCAAAUCUACAACCAGAUAAAUUAGAUGAUAUUUUAUUAGUGCGAUCAGUAGAAAAACAGUUAUAUAAAAAUUAA